CUGGGGCCGAUGCAGAAAGGGGAGGAUAUGAGCCCGCAGGACUCAAAGGCAGCAGGGACCGAGGCCAUGGAGGAAGAGAAGGCCCAGAACGAGAGGCAAAAUCAAGGGUGUGUGGAGCCCACAGCACCUCCGCUUCCUCCUCCUUCACCACCACCACCAGGGCCACCAGAAUACCCAAGACCUAGGCUAAUUUUCCACACCCAGCUGGCUCACGGAAGUCCAACAGGCCGCAUCCAUGGAUUCACCAAUGUCAAGGAGCUGUACGCCAAGAUUGCUGAAGUGUUCAACAUCUCUCCCUCAGAGAUCCUUUUCUGCACCCUCAACUCCCAUAAAGUGGACAUGCAGAAGCUGCUGGGGGGACAGAUUGGAUUGGAGGACUUCAUCUUUGCUCAUGUCAGAGGGGAGACCAAGGAGGUGGAGGUGACAAAGACAGAGGACGCCUUAGGCCUCACCAUCACAGACAAUGGAGCUGGAUAUGCUUUCAUUAAGAGGAUAAAGGAAGGCAGCACCAUAGACCGACUGAAAUCGGUAUGUGUUGGUGACCACAUUGAGGCCAUCAAUGACCAGAGCAUUGUUGGGUGUCGGCACUACGAAGUGGCCAAGAUGCUAAAAGAGCAACCAAGAGGCAUACCCUUCACCCUCCGUCUGGUCGGUCCAAAGAAGGCCUUUGAUAUGAUUGGAAUGAGGACCAGAGCACCAAAAUCUAAUGAGGGCAAGAUGGUGAACGGGAGGGAGACUCUGCGUCUUCGCUCUAAGGGCGCUGCUACAGUUCAGGAAGUGCAGAAUGAGUUUGAAGAACAGGCCACUAAGAGAGUGGACGACCUGCUAGAGAGCUACAUGGGCAUCAGAGAUUUAGAGCUGGCAACCACCAUUGUGGAGGCGGGCAAAGACAAGAAUAACCCUGAUGACUUUGCAGAGGCCUUGGACUCAGUUCUGGGAGAUUUUGCUUUUCCUGAUGUGUUUUUGUUUGAUGUCUGGGGAGCUAUUGGAGACGUCAAGAAUGGCAGAAUCUAGAUAACUACUGUAAACCAGGGAGAGAGAUAGAGAAAUAGAGAAAGAGAACUAUGUACCCUGGUACUUCCAGCUGGGAAAAAAAGUAUAGAAGUGU